AUGGUAACUAACGGAAACACCUACACACUCUUGCGUCAGCUUGAAAUGUUGGAGGAUCGUUCUGUUCGUUUUGAUCGUAAUGAUUCGCUUCAAAUAAUGUCCAAACGUGCUUCUGCGCUAAUGCAAAAACAGUUCGAUCGCAACGAGAAAUCCUACAACUUACGAUCCAGAAACGUCACCUAUGAUGAAGGACAAGAAGUGUAUAGGCGCAACUUUAAGCAAACCAACUUUGAGCAAAACUAUAAUGCUAAACUGGCCCCGAAAUUCGUUAAAGCUCGUAUAAGGAAAAAGCUCGGAAACAGCUAUUAUGAACUGGAGGAUUUGCAAGGAAAUCUUCUUGGAAAUUACCAUGCAAAAGAUAUCCGCCAGUAA